ACGGUGGCGAUUGUUCAUUAAAUUAACCUGUUUCUACAGAGCGGUUCGCUCAUUGUCAAUACUCUCAUCUGACCACCAACAUGCGGCACUUGACAGUCAUCACAGCUUUGAGCUCGCUGCAAGCGGCUGCCUCGGCCUGGGAUCUUCCAGAGCAAAAGCCCUUUUUCAUCCACAACUUCGCCAUUGAUGAUGUAGACAUAGUCAGUGGCAGCCAGUUCCGUGGCCUGCAGACGUAUGCCAAUCUACCAUAUGUCAAUUGCUUUGCGGACGAAGAGGCCGACCAUGGUUCGUACGACAUAGCGGUUUUUGGCGCACCGUUCGACACUGGAACAACAGGUAGACCAGGAGCCCGUUAUGGACCAAGCGGGAUAAGGGUCGGUAGCCAACGGAUCGAAGCCAGGGCCAGCUGGAAUGUAUACACCGACAAGAAUCCGUUGACAUCGUGGGCCAAAAUUGUGGACUGUGGUGAUGCACCACUGACGUGGUUGGACAACCGAGUGGCUCUCGCUCAGCUGGACAAGGCUCACAAGGUAAUAUCCGGUCGCCAUGCGGCAAAUGUCACCAAUUCGAGAACUCCGCGCAUCCUGACGCUCGGCGGCGAUCACACGACGACCUUGUCAGCAUUGCGUUCGACGCAUGCGAGAUGGGGCAAGACCUCUGUUAUUCACUUUGACAGCCACAUUGAUACAUGGGAUCCAGCUGUGCUUGGGGGCGGGCUAUCUGAUUAUGCUGGCUUGAACCACGGCACUUUUCUUCACGUUGCUCACGAAGAGGGUCUUAUCCACAACACGUCGAUACACACCGGCAUCCGGGCGCCACUGAUCCGGCGCAAGGGAGACUAUCGCAAUGACGUGCGAUGUGGCUUCACUAUCAUUACCGCCCGCGAUCUGGAUCUCCACGGGGCAGCGGGCAUCAUACAGAGAAUCAAGGAGCGUGUCGGCAAUUCUAUGGUGUAUAUCAGCGUCGACAUUGAUGUUCUCGACCCAGCGUUCGCGCCUGCGACUGGCACAGCCGAGCCAGGCGGAUGGAGCUCACGAGAACUCCUCACGGUCCUUGAUGGUCUCACUGGGCUGUCAGUGGUGGGUGCGGAUAUUGUCGAGGUAGCGCCAGCAUACGACAACAAGGGCGAAACCACCGUGCUGAUUGCUGCCGAGGUUGGCCGCUCGCUCAUCCAGCUCAUGGUCGACCAGCCUGUCAAGUCUCUUGCUGAUGAGAUCGAGACUUAGAAAGUUUCCGAAAGUCAGAGGUUCAGGGCAGCCAAAAUGCCAGGGGUGCCAGAGGCAACAGUGAGAAUGGUCGCGAAUCUCGCCGCAUGUGAGCCAGAAAUAGAUUUAUAACUCCUCCCCCACCAUUGAACAAUGAUAUAUGCUCUUCGAUGUCUCAUGCAAUUAUCCUUUUCGUGAUGAGACACGUGACACCACCACCCUUCGCUCUUGAACUUAUCGCACUAAGCCUGCGCCUUCUCAAUCCAUUCAUACUUCUCGCCC